GGCAAGGAUACCCUAGGGAGUGACUUUGCCAGGAUCAGAAAGAAGAAUCGUCAUAUCUGGUCCAAAGCCAAACAGGCCGUACGAACAACGGCGAAAAAUCAGAGGGCAUGCAAGGCAGCAACCAAGAAGGUUCUCAGUAAAUGGGAAGAAACCAAGGCAACGGGAUUUUUAGCCAUCAAUAACUCACAAGGCUGGCGGCUGCGUGCCCGGACUAUGACCAAGCAAUGAACUAUAUAGUGCAUGCGUUGGUGCGACGGCUUCAACAUGUGGGACGUGGGAAGUCUCGAUAUCUUGAUCCUGGCGUUGUAGAUAUCCAAAUGGCCAUUAACCUCUAUAAGGAGGACCCGAGCCAGCCCCCUGUGGGGAACGAGGUUCUUGCCGGGCUCGGCGUUCGGAGGAAUGCCAUGGGCCUGCAAAGCACAGGGCCUGAAACUGUUGAGGCUCCAAUUGGCGGCCCCGGCUUUGAGUGGGCAGGGACCAGACCCCAGCUCUCACUACCCCAGGCCAUAAUAGAGGAACUUUCAGAUUUAUCAUCAGACAGUGAACAUGAAGAUACAGAACAACUUGAAGACGGCAAAACCCGUGACGAAACUACCGCCAAGCCGGCGGCCACACCUUCUACGUCCACCAGUGCAACAGUUCUGGGCGAAGACAGCACCCGCACGGCGACCUUGGAAAUUGGGACCACCGCCGUGUCGGCCGAAGGACCUACAGCCUUACUCAACUCUACACCUACUACAGAAGCUAGAACCUUAGCGGAUCUAGCCGCAUCCUUGGGGACUGGGUCCUCUUCAGGUGCCACAACGACCCCCCAAACCCAGCCUACCCGCACACGCGGCGAAAAGCGGAGAGAAAAGGCGUAUCCCAGUACUCUCUAUAAUAAACUAGAGUGAGAGCUAUUCAUAAUCUGACGUUCGGCUCUGCAGCAACUGCUCAAAUAUCUUGAGUGUUGCAUCCUUUGUUAGGACCACAUCUUUUCCCCCUGGAUUAACAGGCGGGCGUCCAAUAAGUGAUUCCAGGGGGAGGCGUAUUUCGUCAGUCUCGGUUUUGACCAGCGUGAGUGGGUCUAGGUGAGACCCUGAAACUGACAGUGAACCGUUUCUUCUCCAAAUAUCAAGAGUUGUAGUCUGCUUGGCGCGCGGAUGGGAGUUUCUAGUUGUCAUAUUGCGUUGUUUAGGAAGUAGUGACCAAAUAGAGAUUGUUAAUGGAUUCUCGUCUGUCUCCG